AAAAUUAAUCUUAAAACAAAAAAAAAAAAAAAAAUUUGUAUUCAAACAAAAUUUUACGCUUCGGUCAACGCGGUUGCAGCUCUCGGGCGCUGGAGUCACAGUCUCUGACGCUGGCGUCCGUUUAGUCCUCGCGCCGUGUGUGAUAUAACAAGAGCCGUAAAGGAGCGACUGCCACGAGCGAUUGCCUUCAUCUUCUCCUCCUCCCACGUCAGCAGUCUGUAGAUGCUCUAGGUGCUCUAGGUGCUCAUGGAGCAGUGAGAACGUGGACAUCAGGUCGCCUCUAGACAGCAGCAGGAGCAGCCGCAGCAGUAGCAUUUCUUGCAAACUAAGGCUUUGACAAUUGAAGGAGGUCGACUGCCACAUUUAAAUGAGGAAACAUGGGGAAUGGUAUGAACAAGGUCUUGCCGGGACUAUAUGUGGGCAAUUACCGCGACUCCAAAGAUUAUCAGCAGCUGGAGAAGUUCAAAAUCUCUCACAUUAUAGCCAUACAUGACAGUCCAAGGCGUCUGCUGCCGGACAAGCACUAUCUGUGCGUUAUGGCCUCGGAUACGCCGGAUCAGAAUUUGUCGCAAUACUUUUCCGUGUGCAACGACUUCAUUCACGCAGCCCGGCUGCGCGAGGGCAACGUGCUGAUCCACUGUCUGGCUGGGAUGUCCCGCUCGGUGACCGUCGCCGUGGCCUAUAUUAUGACGGCUACGCAUCUGAACUGGAAGGAGGCGUUGAAGGUGGUGCGCGCUGGUCGCGCAGUGGCCAAUCCCAACACGGGCUUUCAAAACCAGCUGCUGGAGUUCGAGCAAUAUAAACUGGCCGAUGAGCGUCGGCGGCUGAGAGAGCGUUUCCCGUCGUCGGCGCUGGAGCAGCUUGAUCGGAUCAAGUGUGGACUAGCGCUGGAUAGCUAUCAGGAGCUGUUGCAGAAUAGAGACAUAUGCGAGGGGAAUUGCUCUCGCGGCGAAAAGUGUCCCACAGGCGUCUGCAACAUGGACCCCACCAAAGGACUGUUCCGACGUCGGCCGUCGACCGCCUCCACCACACAGUCCAGGACACGCGCCCAGUCCUCCAAUGCCAACACGCACUCAUCCUCAAGUACUUUAGGCGUCAGCAGCGCUGCCGCAGGCGUUGUUGCUGCUGCCCAGUCCUGCCCUACAUCGCCCAAGAACUCGCCUCUACAGCGCCGUUCGGUAGGUAACGAGCGUAUUCCCGAGGACGAGAUUGCCUACCAGCAGCAAGCCUCGACUCUGGCCCCCACUACCUCCAGCGAGGCAGCAGAGUAUGCGGCAGCCAUCGAGGAUGCACGCAGGGAACAGCGCCAGCAGCAGCAACAGCUUCAACUGCAACGCUCUUCCUCACGCUACAGCUACAAGUCUGGCGGCAGAGUUAACUCUAUGAGUGGAACGGGCCAGGGCAGCACAGCUGUAAGCCAGAAGGAGGCGCCAGCCGCGGACAACGUGGGGAAUGGAGCCGCACAGCUGCAGCGCAGCGCCAGCACCGUAAGCGGUUUCGGCGUGCGACCCCGCAGCAGUCCGGCGGGCCUACACGCCUAUACGGGUUCGGUGCCCUCAUCUGUCCACGGAUCGCGGGUCGAUCUGCGCGAGAUUGACAAGGGAUCGGCCAUCUACUUGGGCUGCUCGGCACCGCGUGCCUCAACUUUGUCGAUCACAUCGUCGCGUGGCUCGUCGGGCGGUUCGGCGCCGCCUACACCAUGCCACACACCUCCUUCCAGCCCACGGCACGGUAUCAGAAGAUCGACCAGCCUGGCGAAAAAGCCCAGAUGAAGUUCUGACCGCAUCGCAAUCGAGUCGACGACUAUUUUUAUACAGCAGGACAAGCACAAGCCUCUGGAAUGUGUCUGUGCCCUAUACACCUUCAUCGAUUGGAACACUUUGGAUGGCUUAACUUG